AUGGAAGGAGAAUACAUUCGUGCACUAACUGAACUAACUCAAAAGCUCCUAAAUAAAGACGUAAACAUAAACAAAUUCCAUGGAUAUGAAAAUGAGGACAUAAAUCGAUGGUUUGAGAAAUUGGAACUAAUUCUGGACUCUAAAGGAAUCAGGAUGGAUGUCCCUGCUGCAAUAACACAGCUUAUUAACAAUCUUGCUGGACCAGUGGAAACGUUUAUGUUUGAAUUGCCACCAGACGAGCGUGGAGACUAUGACACUUUAAAACAAGCCCUGGUGAAACGUUACUCUACCAAAGACCGCGCAUGGGUUAAACGACGUCGUUUAGUUGCUCGCCGUCAAGGCCCAAAUGAAUUACUAUCAGAUUAUAUCAAUGAUAUGCAUGAACUUUUUAGCGGACUUAAUAUGGCCGAAGUGGACAAAGUGACAUAUUUCACAUAA